AGAUGACAAAGGUACAUCCGAACAGUUCAGCCACCGCCACCGCCACCGCCUCCGAAGUUCAGAAACCCGCCUACGAUAAGAAAGAGUCUUCGGUGCUAACCGUAUGGAACAAAUCCCUGCUCUUCAACUGUUCCGGUUUCACUGUCUUCGACGCCAGGGGCAAUCUUGUCUUUCGCGUCGACAAUUAUGUUGCCGGUAACAAGGAUGAGAUCGUUCUGAUGGACGCCGCCGGCAAGCCCCUUCUCACUAUCCGCCGAAAGAGACUGAGUCUUGUUGCGGAUACAUGGCUGGUGUACGACGGAGAAACGGUAGCAAAUCCUCGAUUUUCCGUCAAGAAGAGGCAGGGCAGCCUUUCGAACUCGAAAUCGUUAGCUCAUGUGAGCCCCGGUUGCGGCGGCAAUCAUGGCCAUCGCGGCAGUGGCAAAAGCAGCACCAACGACAACAAUAACAAGAAGUUGAUUUACGAGAUAGAGGGGUCGUACGGACAGAGAUGCUGCGCGAUUUACGACGAGAGGAGGAGAUGUGUGGCGGAUAUCAGACCUAAGGAGGCCGUCGGAGGGGUUGCUUUCGGUGUCGAUGUCUUCCGCCUCAUCGUACAGCCGGAACUCGAUACUACGGUGGCCAUGGCACUUGUCAUUCUACUCGACCAGAUGUUUGCCUCCAAACGCUUUUCCGGUUUUUAGU